AUGAACAUCUACGCAAAACUAUUUCGCAAAACCACCGCCGAUGCUCCCUUUAACGAUCCCACCGACAGUGUUGAUCUGGUGAUCCGCACAGCUGACAAUGUCGACUUCUUCGUCCUCAGCGCACUACUAUCACUACGAUCCCCAUCGUCGUUUUUCCGUCAGGUUUUGCAAGGCAACAAGCACACAGAAGAGAGAGAUGGCUUUCCCGUCCUCGAAGUGAAGGAGAACAGUGACAUACUCCGAACUAUCCUCCUGUUCUGCUAUCCAUACGCCACCCCCGAGAUUAAAAGCGUCAAGCAGAUACUGGAGUUGGGGAUGGCGCUGGACAAGUACUGUAUGGACCAUGCCAUGGAGAGGUUCAUCGCAGCUGUCCUCGCUUCAUCCGUGAUUAGUGAACAACCCUUACGAGUAUUCGCUCUGGCUGUCGCCAACGAAUGGAAGGAGAUGGGAGAAGCCGCGGCGAGGAAAACUCUCGCGAUACCCGGGCCUCUCAAUCGGGCAAUAUCAGAUGUCGAGGAGCUGAGUGAAAUCAGUGCCCGCCAUCUCUACCGUCUCCAAGACUAUCAUAUGCGGUGCGGGAAGGCCGCUCAGAUCCAAGCAGGGACAGUAGCGCCGCUUCCCUGGCUUGACGGAAAGUCUUCUGGUCUUCUGUUCCUGCGCAAUAACCACAAUGCGUAUGGAUGUCGAUGGUGUAAUAAUGUGGUGCAGAUCGUGGCGUCCACAAAACAUGCAAAUUUCUAUGGCCAUCCAUGGUUGAACGAUACCUACUUUCCACUGGUGAACGCAAAGGUGCUCUCCGAACCCUUGCCACAGGUUGCUCUAGAUGAUCGCAUUGUCGAUCAAGCUGUUCUCGCUAGCACCAAACAAUGCGGUCGAGAUCAGUGGGCUGAAAUCGCUGACAGUCAGAUUCGCCUUUUCGGUAAGAUAGUGGCGGAAGAAAUCGAAAGGCGAAUUUCAGAGGUUCCCUUGGACAUUGAGUGGUAAAGAUGACUUGACAGUCCACGGAAUGUCAGAAUGGGAGGUGGUAUCGAGUCUAGGGUAAUUUGGAACUCUGGGACGGGGGUGUCAGUGACGAGUUUAGGCAGUCCUUGAAGUCCGUUGAGUUAGAUUGACAUCUGUAAAAGGCCCUUCCGUAAAACGUGUUCUUAGUAUCUACCAACUUCUCCGACCAGGCAGUCCUAUCAAAACUCGCGAUGACCUCAUUAACUUAUCGUAUGAAGGAAAGGACCUCCACCAUGCGUUAUUUCAAUUCCGAGUCCUGUGCAUACAGGAUUCGGUCUAUGCUAACUGCAUCUCGAAUAAGGUGCUGACUGCGAACGAGGAGAGUCAAGGAUGAAGGCAAGAUUCAGCCCUUCUCGUUUGCU